AUGGACAUUGACUAUAGGGAAUUUCAGAUUAAUGAUCUUUUAGUGGACAUACACUGGAAUCUUGAUAGCUUACAUAUAGUGUUUGGCAAUAAUCUUAAUGAUAACCUUCUCUGCCAAAGUUCUGUAAAUUAUGAGAUCAGUAAUCACUGGGUUUGGUUUCCCAAUUCCAAAGGAUCUAAAGUUGCUAAUAAGAUUUACUCUUUUUUCAAUCAUUGUAAGGGUUCUGCAGAUUCAUGGGAUGGUUGGGGCAAGAUUUGGAGGCUCAAUGUGGCUCCUCGUGUCAAACAUUUCACUUGGUUACUGUUGCAUAAUGCAGUCCAAACAAUGGAAUAUUUGUACCAUUUAAAUCUGGGUCCUCAGACCAUGUGCACAUUUUGCAACCUGCUUCCUGAGUCGGCUGAGCACCUCUUUCUUAAAUGCCACAAGUCUCAACAGAUUUGGAAUCUAACAUGUUCGAUCAUUGGCAAGCCUAUUAACCUGUCACAGGGAAUCUCAUCGGGGCUUUGGCUGGAUCAGGAGAUGUCGGGCAAUGAUUCACAUAUCCAAUCGGUGAUUGCAGCUACAGUUUGGUUCAUUUGGAAGGCCAGGUGUAAUCGUAUUUUCAAAUUGGAAGAGCUUGAUUGUCAACUGGUAUCGAUUAGAGCUACUGGUCACGUCAGGGAGUAUUCUUAUGCCUCUCCUUUGCAUUUGAGAAAUAAUUUCAUCAUACAUAAUUUCACUCAUGCUAAUAGUCCAAUCAUGAUGAUAGCCUAUGCUCAUAAUACUAAUUUAACUACUGCGGGUCUUGGUUUUGUGGUUUUUGAAUCUAAUUCCAGUAUGAUUUGUUCUGGCUGCUGUGGGAGUCCAGUGAUCACUGAUUUAGAAGCAACAGUCUGUGCCUUGUCUUUUGCCUUGCAGAGCAUUCAUAAUUGGGGCCUGAAUUGCUUUGUCAAGACAAUCCUGUCAUCAAGUGCUAUGCUUAUCACAAAAAUCCAACAGGAAACACUGACUGAGGACUGGAGGAUUGAUCUGCAGAUUCAGAAUAUUAAAAAGCUACUAGAUGAGAUGGGGUCUCCUUCUCUCCAUUCCAUCCCCUUGAGUUGGAACAGGGCUGCGUAUGCUCUUGCAUUACAUGGACUCCAGCACCAUGAAGUUUCUCUUUUCCACCGAGGUCAAGAUCUUCCCAGAUGGCUGAUGAAGAUUCUUAGACCCUUUGGUUUUUGUUAG